CAACGGCUGCGCCUUCGGUACUGUCAUGGAGCUGGUGUGUAAAGCGCGGGAAGUGGGUUGCUGGGCGGCCGAAGAGAUGGGAGCGCCUGCGGCGUCCCGGGCCCCGGAAGUGACUCUGCGCAGGCUGUGUCUGGGCCAGGGGGCUGAUAUCUGGACCUACAUCUUGAAGCAUGUUCACAGUCAGAGGAAUGUCAAGAAGAUCCGGGGAAACCUACUCUGGUAUGGCCACCAGGACAGUCCAGAGGUCCGUCGGAAGUUGGAGCUAGAAGCUGCCGUGGCCCGCCUGCGGGCAGAGAUCCAGGAGUUAGACCAGAGCCUGGAGCUGAUGGAGCAAGAGACUGAGGCUCAGGACAUGGCCGUGGAGCAGGCACUGCAGAGCAUGGGAGACACCCAGCAUCGAGCCCUCCUCCUCCGGGCCCGAGCUGGGGCGAUGCGAAGACAGCAGCGUGGGCUCCAAGAUCCCAUGCAGCGGCUGCAGAAUCAGCUCAGGCACCUGCAAGACAUAGAGAGGAAGGCCAAAGUGGAUGUGACCUUUGGGCCCCUGACAUCAGCAGCUCUGGGCCUGGAGCCUGUGGUUCUGCAUGAUGUCCGAACAGCCUGCACCCUCCGAGCCCAGUUCCUGCAGAACCUCCUGAUUCCCCAGGCCAAGGGAGGCAGUGUCCUAACCGCUCGUGAUGACCACUUUGGAACAUCCUACCAGCAGUGGCUUAGCUCAGUGGAGACACUGCUGACAAACCAUGCCCCGGGACACAUCCUGGCUGCCUUGGAGCACCUGGCUGCAGAGCGGGAGGCAGAGAUUCGGUCCCUGUGCACUGGGGACAGGCUCAGAGAUAUGGAGAUAUCCAGGCCCCAGGCACCGGACCAGUCAGACUCCGGCCAGGCCCUGCAGUCCACAGUGCAUCUCCUCCAGGAGGGCUGGCGGGCUGUGGCUGCACUGGUCACCCAGCGGGGUGCCCUUCUGAAGGAGCAUCAAGUACUGACCCAGCACCUCCAGGGCCUGGUGGGAGAGGUGGAGAGAUGUACCCUAGGACCCAGCGAAAGGCAGGCAUUGAUGCUGGGGCUUCGCGUCUGUGGUCUGUGGGCAGAGCUCAAAGCCCUGCGUGCCCAGAGCCAGGAGCUGGAGGAUGCAGCUGGGCAUCGGCAGCUUCUGCUGAGGGAGCUACAGGACAAACAGCAGCGGAUCCUGCACUGGCGCCAGCUGGUGGAGGAGACACAGGAACAGAUCCGCCUGCUCAUCAAGGGAAACUCAGCCAGCAAGACCCGCCUGUGCCGGAGCCCCGGGGAGGUGCUGGCUCUGGUUCAGAGAAAGGUGGUCCCCACAUCUGAGGCAGUGGCACCAGAGAGCCAGGAGCUGCUUCGCUGUUUGGAGGAAGAAGCCCAGCAUCUGCCCCACCUUCUGCUGGGCACCCUACUGCGGCACAGCCCUGGAGAGUUGAAGCCCCUGCCCAUCGUCUUACCAUCCAUCCACCAGCUGCACCCUGCAUCCCCAAGGGGCUCUACCCUCAUAGCACUGAGCCACACACUGGGGCUGCCUGCAGGGAAGGCACCAGAGCUGCUCCUCCUGAGAGCUGCCUCUCUUCGCCAGGACCUUCUGUUCCUCCAGGACCAGCAUAGUCUCCGGUGCUGGGAUCUGCUCCACAUGAAGACCAGCCUGCCACCGGUGCCAUCUACCCAGGAGCUGCUGCAGAUCCAUGCAUCCCAGGAAAAGGAGCAGAAGGAGAAUCUGGGGCAGGCUCUGAAAAAGCUGGAGAACCUGCUGAGACAGGCACUGGAGCGAAUUCCUGAGCUGCAGGGGAUCGUGGGGGACUGGUGGGAGCAGCCAGGCCAAGCCGCCCUCUCCGGAGAGCUCUGCCAGGGCCUGUCCCUGCCCCAGUGGCGGCUGCGCUGGGUCCAGGCCCAGGGGGCCCUGCAGCAACUGUGCAGAUGAAGAGGGGCUCACAGAGGAGUCAAGAACUUCAUAUUUGUUCACCCAACACCUCAUCUUCCUCAGUAAAACAUCUGGAAGAAAGCAUGGCCAGGACUUGUCAGCCCAUUGUCUCCGCCCACACCUGUAGUCCCCCUCACGUGCUGUUCUGCUGUUCCUCUCAAUUCCCUGGCCCCCUGUCCUU